AUGGACUUCAAGCAUCUCGUUGUUUUGAUUUUUUUAGUGGUCCUGAUUCCAGCAUGUUUGGCGGACCCAAUGGAUAUUUGUCCCCCUAAAGAUCUCACAACUCCAUGUGUUUGUAGGAAUCACUUUGACGAUGAUCGUGCUAUCGUUACAUGCGAAAAAAUAACGGGAAAGGAUGUGAUUCUUGAUGUUUUGAACAAAACUAGCGACUAUGGGUAUGGAUACUUUAUGAUAGAUUUGUCCAGCUUAACAUACAUACCUGCUGCUGCUUUUGAAAUAAAAAAGUUAGUACGCUUGAUCAUCAUGGAUACAACCAUGGUGUCUCUGUUUGAUAAACCUCCAAACGCAAAGGAUUUGCUGGGGUUAACAGCGUAUGGAUUAAAACUGUCUCGAGCAAUCCAAUGGGAUUUGUUCACAGAAAUUCCAAAUCUUAAGAACUUAACCAUUCAAAAUUCUCCUUUACGUAACAUUGACGAUAAAUUUGUUCAAUAUGCUCCUAAGUCUUUAGAAAGAAUCACCAUCAGUAACUGUUCGAUCAGUAAAGUACACGAAGAAGCCUUUGCAAGCAUGAACAGUUUAAUAGACAUUGUAAUGGAUGAAGGAAAAAUUAAAACGUUGGCAAGAAGUAUGUUUCCGACUCCAGCUGAAAUAAGGAAAUUUUCCUUCAAGUAA